AAAAAAGAGGAGGAGGAGGAAGAGGAGGAAACUGGAUAUCUGGGCCCGGUUUCCCAAAGUCAUCUUAAGGCAUCCAAUGGUUCUAACGAUGAACUUAACCGUGAAAUGGUUUUGAGAAACCGUUCCCUGAUUAACACUAGAGAGAGAUGUGACUAUCGUGGAUCCUCUGGGGAGCCUCAACAACAUCAUGAAGCUGAUGAGGCAAAGAAGAGUCUCUCCACAUCAGAAACCCUCUCAAAACACCAGCAGAGAUCCACAGAGAAGAAAUCUCAACGCUGCUCUGACUGUGGGAAGACCUUUUCAAGAUUAUAUACAUUACAAUCACACCAGAGAAUUCACACUGGAGAGAAACCUUUCAGCUGCGAUCAAUGUGGGAAGAGUUUUGUUACAUCUGGCUGUCUGACUAUACACCAGAGAACACACACAGGAGAGAAACCUUAUAGCUGCGAUCAAUGUGAGAAGAGUUUUGUUACUUCGAGCUCUCUGACUAUACACCAGAGAACACACACAGGAGAGAAACCUUAUUGCUGUAAUCAAUGUGGGAAAAGUUUUGUUUCAUCUAGCCGUCUGACAAUACACCAGAGAACACACACAGGAGAGAAAUCUUAUAGAUGUGAUCAAUGUGGGAAGAGUUUUGUUUCAUCUAGCCAUCUGACUAUACACCAGAGAAUACACACAGGAGAGAAAGCUUACCACUGCUCUGACUGUGGAAAGAGUUUUUCUAUCUCAGGAAAUUUUAAAUCACACCAGAGAACACACACAGGAGAGAAACCUUAUAGCUGUAAUCAAUGUGGGAAGAGUUUUGCUCAAUCAAGCAACCUGAUAGCACACCUGAGAAUACACACCGGAGAGAAACCUCACUGCUGCUCUGAGUGUGGGAAGACCUUCUCAAAAUUAUAUACAUUACAAUCACACCAGAGAAUUCACACUGGAGAGAAACCUUAUAGCUGCUCUGAAUGUGGAAAGAUCUUUUCAAAAUUAUAUACAUUACUAUCACACCAGAGAACACACACUGGAGAGAGGCCUCAUAGCUGUAAGCAAUGUGGGAAGAGUUUUAUUCGCUCAAGCUGCCUGAUGGUACAUCUGAAAAAACACACAGGAGAAAAAUCCUUUAGCUGUGAUCAAUGUGGGAAGAGAUACUCUGAUAAAAGAUCUCUGAUUAAACAUCAGAAAAUACAUACUGUGAUGUAG